AUGAAGCUGGUGGUUCUAUUCAUGUUGGUCACCAUCCCCAUUUGCUGCUAUGCCAGUGGUUCUGGCUGCCGUCUUCUAGAUUAUGUUAUUGAAAGUACAAUUGACUCAUCUGUGUCUGUGAAAGAGUAUUUGAAAGUGUUUUUUCCAAAUGAACAUGAACAUUUUAGUAAAGCUGCUGUGGAGCAAUUCAAGCAAUGUUUUCUAGACCAGUCCAAAGAGAGUCUGGCCAAUAUUGAAGUGAUGAUGGAAGCAAUAUACAACAGUGACAGAUGUCAACAGUCAUAA